AUGGCAACUGCAUAUGAUACCACAUCUAUAUGUACAUCUGCAUCANAGAUUGCCACUGCUGAGAUCAUCUCGUCCAAGGAACUAAAUGCUGAUUGGCAAAGAGCUGCUUCUGGGCUACUUGUUGCGAUAGGCUCACAUUUGCCUGACCUUAUGAUGGAAGAAAUAUUUCUCUAUUUUUCUGGGGCAAAUUCAGCUUUGCCAGCUAUGGUUCAAAUACUUGCAGACUUUGCUUCUGCUGAUGCUUUACAGUUCACUCCACGACUGAAAGGUGUGCUGUCACGAGUUCUACCCGUACUUGGAAAUGUGCGGGAUGUCCACCGGCCAAUAUUCGCAAAUGCAUUUAAAUGUUGGUGUCAGGCUGCUUGGCAAUAUAGUCUUGAUUUCCCUUCACAUUCCGUUCUGGAUGGUGAUAUCAUGUCAUUUCUGAAUUCUGCUUUUGAGCUUUUAUUGAGAGCUUGGGCAACAUCACGGGAUUUUAAGGUUCGCACAUUAACUGUGGAUGCGCUGGGUCAAAUGGUUGGUCUUAUUGCGCGGACUCAAUUAAAGGGUGCUUUGCCAAGACUUGUUCCCACUAUAUUGGAAUUGUAUAAAAGAGAUCAAGAUACUGCACUUCUCGCAACAAGCAGUCUCCACAAUCUGUUAAAUGCAUCAUUACUUUCAGAAACAGGUCCUCCCUUGCUUGAUUUUGAGGACCUUACAGUUAUUUUAUCAACACUGCUUCCUGUGGUUUGCAUUUAUAAUGACUGUAAAGAGCGUUCAUCUUUUCCAGUGGGACUAAAGGCAUAUAAUGAAGUUCAGCGUUGUUUUCUGACUGUUGGCUUGGUGUACCCUGAUGAUUUAUUUUUGUUCCUUCUGAAUAAAUGCCGGCUAAAGGAAGAACCUUUGACUUUCGGUGCACUUUGUGUUCUAAAGCACCUCUUGCCAAGGUCGUCUGAAGCUUGGCAUAGUAAACGACCUUUACUUGUUGAUGCAGUAAAGUCCUUACUUGAUGAACAAAAUUUAGGUGUUCGAAAGGCUCUUUCUGAGUUGAUCGUGGUCAUGGCUUCACAUUGCUAUUUGGUUGGUCCUUCUGGGGAGUUGUUUGUUGAAUAUCUUGUACGCCAUUGUGCUUUGUCAGAUCAGGAUCAACAUGACCAUGAGAGCUCUAAGGUGAAGUUAGGGAUAUUUGGUCCAACAGAGCUAAGAGCAAUAUGUGAAAAAGGCCUUCUUUUAAUAACUUUCACAAUUCCUGAGAUGGAGGUAGACCUCAAUUGUUUUUUUACUAAGAUGAUCAUUCCACGGGUUUACACUGGUGCAUCUGCUACGGUUUGCAGAUGCAUCUCAGAAUUAUAACAUAGAUCUUAUAGCAGCCUGCUAGAUGAGUGCAAAGAUCGUGCUGAUAUUCCAAAUCCUGAGGAGUUGUUUGCCCGAUUGGUGGUGGUUUUGCAUGAUCCUCUAGCAAGGGAGCAACUGGCAACUCAUAUUUUGACGGUCCUCUAUUAUUUGGCACCUCUCUUCCCGAAGAACAUUAACUUAUUUUGGCAAGAUGAGAUUCCAAAAAUGAGAUAUGUUAGUGAUACAGAAGACCUAAAGCUGGAUCCUUCAUACCAGGAGACUUGGGAUGACAUGAUCAUCAAUUUUCUUGCAGAAUCUUUGGAUGUAAUUCAAGACCCUGCUUGGGGUGAUUUUCUUGGAAAUGCAUUUACUGAACAAUAUGUACUUUAUACGCCUGAUGAUGAACAUUCGGUUCUUCACCGUUGCCUGGGUAUGCUUCUUCAGAAAGUUGAUGACAGGGCUUAUGUUCGUGAUAAGAUUGAUUGGAUGUACAAACAAGCCAAUAUUGCUAUUCCAACUAACAGGCUUGGUUUGGCAAAAGCUAUGGGAUUGGUUGCAGCAUCCCACUUGGACACUGUGUUGGAUAAGCUAAAAGCUAUUCUGGAUAAUGUUGGGCUAAGUAUUUUUCAGAGAUUAUUAUCUAUCUUCUCAGAUGGUAGUAGAAUGGAAGAAUCAGAUGAUAUACAUGCUGCUUUGGCUCUAAUGUAUGGAUAUGCUGCAAGAUAUGCCCCAUCAACAGUUAUUGAAGCCAGAAUUGAUGCACUUGUUGGGACAAAUAUGCUUUCACGGCUUCUUCAUGUACGCCACCCAACAGCAAAGCAGGCUGUUAUAACUGCUAUUGAUUUACUAGGUCGUGCUGUCAUUAAUGCUGCGGAAAAUGGUGCAUCUUUCCCUCUGAAAAGGAGAGACCAAUUGCUCGACUACAUAUUAACUUUGAUGGGAGUAGAUGAAAAUGAUGAUUUUGCAGAUUCAAGUCUUGAACUCCUACGCACUCAGGCCCUUGCUCUAAGUGCAUGUACUACCUUGGUUUCUGUGGAGCCAAAGCUGACAAUUGAGACAAGAAAUCAUGUUAUGAAGGCCACCUUAGGGUUCUUUGCUUUACCAAAUGACCCGAUAGAAGUUAUCAAUCCACUUAUUGACAACCUUAUUACUCUUUUAUGUGCGAUUCUUCUUACGAGUGGAGAGGAUGGAAGAAGUCGAGCAGACCAACUAUUGCAUAUUUUGCGACAACUUGAUCAAUAUGUUUCUUCACCUAUGGAAUAUCAAAGGAGAAGGGGUUCUCUUGCAGUGCAUGAGAUGCUUCUGAAGUUUCGGACACUUUGUGCUAGUGGCUAUUGUGCACUGGGCUGCCAUGGGAGUUGCACGCACAACAAGCAGAUUGACCGUACUGUGCAUGGGAAUUUUUCAAACUUACCAUCGGCAUAUGUAUUGCCCAGUCGUGAAGCCCUGUGUUUAGGAGAUAGGGUCAUAAUGUAUCUUCCACGUUGUGCAGACACUAAUUCUGAAGUUAGAAAACUUUCUGCUCAGAUUCUUGAUCAACUCUUUAGCAUCUCUCUUUCACUUCCAAGGCCUGUUGGUUCAAAUUCUGGUGUGGAUAUAGAAUUGUCCUACAGCACUUUGUCCUCCCUUGAGGAUGUUAUAGCCAUCUUGAGAAGUGAUGCUUCUAUUGAUCCAUCUGAGGUUUUCAACAGAAUUGUUUCCUCUGCCUGUACUCUAUUGACAAAGGACGAGCUUGUAGGCACCUUGCAUAAUUGUACCACAGCUAUAUGCGAUAGGAUUAAGCAGUCUGCGGAAGGGGCUAUUCAAGCUGUCAUUGAGUUUGUUACAAAGAGGGGAGCUGAGCUGAGUGAAACUGAUGUUUCAAGGACUACUCAAUCUUUGCUCUCCGCUGCAGCUCAUGUGACCGAGAAACAUUUACGGUUGGAAACUCUUGGGGCUAUUUCCUCUCUAGCAGAGAACACCAAUUCAAAAAUUGUUUUCAAUGAAGUAUUGGCUACUGCUGGAAGGGAUAUAGUCACAAAGGACAUAUCUAGACUACGUGGUGGCUGGCCCAUGCAGGAUGCCUUCUAUGCCUUCUCCCAACAUGCUGUUCUUUCUUAUUUAUUCCUGGAGCAUCUUAUAUCUGCCCUCAAUGAGAGUCCUGUUCUUAAGGGUGAUAAGGAGAAAGGAGAAAUUUCAAGUCAUUUUGCUGAUACUCAGAUAGAUGAUGACAUUUUGCAAGCUGCUAUUUUGGCUAUCACUGCCUUUUUCAGAGGUGGUGGUAAGAUUGGAAAGAAAGCUGUCGAACAAAGUUAUGCUCCUGUUCUUGCUGCUCUUAUAAUCCAACUGGGAAGUUGUCAUGGUCUAGCUAGUUCUGGUCAGCAUGAACCAUUACGAGCUCUGUUAGCUGCAUUUCAGGCUUUCUGUGAAUGUGUUGGAGACCUUGAAAUGGGAAAGAUUUUGGCUAGAGGUGGAGAGCAACAUGAAAAAGAGAAGUGGAUAAAUCUUAUUGGAGAUGUAGCUGGAUGCAUCUCUAUAAAGAGGCCAAAAGAGGUUCAAACUAUUUGUUUAAUUUUGACCAAAUCCUUAAACCGUCAACAAAGGUUUCAAAGAGAAGCUGCAGCUGCUGCACUGUCAGAGUUUAUCCGCUAUAGUGCUGCAUUUAAUUCCCUACUGGAAGAGAUGGUUGAAGCCCUUUGUCGAUACGUAUCAGAUGAAUCUCCAACCGUUAGAUGCCUUUGUUUAAGGGGACUGGUGCAGAUACCAUCCAAUAAUAUUUAUCAGUACACUACUCAAGUUCUUGGUGUGAUAUUGGCAUUGCUUGAUGAUUUGGAUGAGUCAGUGCAACUGACUGCAGUAUCGUGCUUGCUAAUGAUUCUCGAGUCGUCAUCCAAUGAUGCUGUGGAACCUAUUUUGCUGAAUCUUUCUAUGCGGCUCCGGAAUCUGCAAGCGUGUAUGAAUGCGAAAAUACGAGCAAACGCCUUUGCAGCAUUUGGGAUUCUAAGCAACUUUGGCGUUGGGGAACAACGGGAGGCAUUUCUUGAACAGAUUCAUGGUGCCUUCCCACACGUGAUUCUGCACCUUUAUGAUGACGAUCUUAGUGUUAGACAGGCUUGUCGAAAUACCCUCAAACGAAUCGCCCCUUUGAUGGAAAUGGAAGGAUUGAUUGGCUUGUUCAACUUACAUGGUUUUAGUUCUGACCAUCGUGGUGACUAUGAAGGAUUUUUAAGAGAUCUCUCUAGGCUGUUAUUGCUGCAUGCUUCCUCCAGAGUUGAUAAUUGUGUUGCAUCAACAAUACAGGCUUUUGAAGCACCAUGGCCUACGAUUCAGGCAAAUGCUGUUUACUUCUCCAGUAGCAUGGUCUCUUUUUCUGAUGAUCAACGCAUAUUAGCUAUGUAUUAUACACAGGUGUUUGGGAUGUUGGUUAGUAAGAUGAGUCGCUCAACGGAGGCAAUUGUUAGAGCAACAUGUUCUUCAUCACUGGGCUUGCUACUUAAAUCAACUAACUCAGCUUCAUGGAGAACAGCUACACUUGAUCGUGUGGACUCAUAUUGCUGAGUUUAUGAUUCUGACCCUACUAAGAAGUAGCAACGUGAAUGAGAUGUGAAUGUGACAGUGUUGAUCACUAAGCUCUGAUCUAUGACCCUUUCUUUGAUUGGUGAAACAGGGAAAAAUUGUGUUGAUGGUGAUCUAUGGCCCUUUCUUUGAUGGUAUUUGAACAGAACAAAAUGGCGAAUCAGGGUAGAAAAAGUUUUGUUGAUGGUGUUUUAUGACCCUUUCUUUGAUGCUAAUUGAACAGAAACAAUUUGGUGAAUCUCUGGUAAAAAAUUGCGUCGAUCUGCUACAUAUCUUGAUGAAGUUUGAUGGUGGUGUAUGUAACAAUGAAAGAUGUACAGUUACAGUUUCUGAUACAGAUGGCCGGGUUGAGUUAUUUGUUGUAAAGCUUGUAAUAAUAACUAUGUUGUACAUUAAUUUUGUAUGUAAUUUCUUCUUUCUUUGUUAUAAUAUAAAGCGCACUUCACUUC